AUGUUCUUGAGCACCAACUCCACAUCCUCAAAGAUCCAAGGGCCUCUCAUGUGUCAUCAUGUGGGUACUUGGUCUCCACAAAGUCCAUGGAGAAGAGAGCAUUGUAGUGCUCUUGGUACAUGGGGAGCUCAUCCUCCUCUUGCUCUGCCUCAGCCUCUUCCAUUGGCUCAUCUUGGUUCCCCUCUUGUCAUCUUCAUCAACCAAUUGGUUCACCUCUUCUCCUUCCUCUUCACUCUCAGUCUCAUCACUUCCUUCUUCAUUGGAGAGCCAUUUCCCUCCUCUUGA